UCUGCUCAAAAGAAAAGAAAAGAAAAGAAAGUUGAGACCCUAUCCCAACUCCCACUGUCUUCUUCCUCUUCUUCUAGUAUGGUAUGGCAUGAGAAUCUUAGCUGUUAAUAAUAAUUCAUAAUAAUCUCUUCACUAUUUCUCUACCUACAUCAAAAUCCACGAACAAAAUGUCCGCCAUUUCUCUCUCUAAAUUUAUCUCCACACUCACAGACAUCUCUCCACCCUCUUCUUCGAUUUCCUCAACAACUCCAUCCACUGUUUCGAGAUUUUCCACUUUAUACGCUUCACCUUUCGUCAAAUUCCCUACUUCUUCUUCUUGCCCAGCAUCGGCAAGAAGAAGGAGAAGAAAAACCCUAGUUUUGUCAAAGUCGUCCGAAGAAGCAGAGGUCUCUGCUGCAGAAGAAGACGACGAGUGGCUCAAGAGGCUACCUGACAAGAAGGAGCCUUUGUACUCUCACAGCUUACCUUGCGUUGAGGCCUGGUUGAAGCAAUUAGGGUUUUUCCAGAGUAAAGACGAUCGAGCUCUUUGGUUCGUCGAAAACCCCGAUUGGCACGCUCAUCUUUCUCUUGAUGUCACCGACCUCUAUAUAAGGUACCUGAAGAGUGGACCUGGAAAUCUUGAAAAAGAUGUAGAGAGAAGAUUCAGUUAUGCACUGAGUAGAGAGGAUAUUGAGAAUGCCAUUCUUGGAGGACCAUAAGGAGGAUAACACGAGAGUCAAUUUUUGUUUAGUAUUCAUGGUUUUCCUUCCUGCCAUCACUAGAAAGACUCCACAGUUGCAGUGUUAGUUCGUCUUUCAAUAUUUGUUACUUUCUGCUCUUCUCAUGUAAUUUAUUUUGCUAGUAUCAAUCAUAUAUUCAGUAUGUUCCUUUUUAAUCAUCAAUCCUGUAAAGUAAACCAUGUCAAAAUAAAAUUUCUGGUUUAUGUUGAUUGGCUUUACCAUAAUGUCAACCGAAACACUUAUUGGAAA